UUAGAGACUUUUUAGUGUCGUAUUAAACUAGAAACGGCGAAGAGGUGAAGAUAUCUCAAGUAUCUGGAGACCGCCGUAGAAAAGAAAGAUAAUAAAGUGAAGAAACAUGGGCGUCUUCCGACAGAUAUAUUGUGCAUUAAUCGUGGGCUGUCUCUGUUUGAACCUUGGCCUCAUAGUCGCCUGGCCAUCGUCGACAAUAAGCUUAUUCUCUUCUGCCAACACCACUUUGGACAGACCUAUGACCGAAAUGGAAAUAUCACUUCUUGGAAGUUUAUCAAGCAUUGCAGCUGUAGUAGGAACUCCUCUCACUGGGGUCUUAUUGGAUCUAUUAGGAAGAAAAUAUUGCUGUAUUUUAUUUUCUCUGGCUCCAGUGAUAUCGUGGGCGAUCCUGUCGUUCACUCGUCGAGUGGAGGUCGUCCUGCUGUCGGUGUUCCUGUCAGGCCUGGUCGGAACGUCGUUCAUGAUAGUCCCUAACUUCAUCAAUGAGAUCACUCAGGACAGCAUACGGGGCUCUCUCACUUCCACAGUUAACAUAUUUUUCGGUUUCGGAACCAUCGUAUCAUAUUUUAUCGGCGGGUUUUGGUGCUAUGACGUUUUGAAUUAUGCAUAUCUGACAAUAUUUACAGUCACUUUUAUUUUGUUGGCCCUGGUGAAAGAAUCUCCGGUGCAUUUGAUGAAAAAGGGCUUCGAAAAGGAGGCAGUCGAAGCAAUAUGUUUUUAUAGAUCUGAAAAACCGAACUCUAAAAUAGUGCUGCAAGAAAUUGAUAAUCUAAGAAAAAUUUUAAGUCCACAGUUCAACAACACCCAACCAGAAGAAGAGACGUUGAAACCCGAGAGUGCAAAAAAGCUCACAAAAUGGCAAUUCAUUCGAAAACAUAAACCCACGGUCCGUGGAUUUUUCAUCGCUCUUACGUUGCUGAGCCUUUCAAUAUUUCAAGGAGUAAUCGUAGUACAAGUCUACGCACAGCUUUUAUUCGAGGAUACGUUACCUAAUAUGUCAGCUACUUGGAGCAGUAUUGCGUUCGCUCUCGUAAAUGUACUCUCUGGAUUGGUCGCAGCAUACCUGCUCGACGUUUUCGGCAGACGACCUAUCAUGAUCUAUUCGUCGUUGUUGACGUGUUUGUUCUGUACCUUGCUGGGUUCUCACCUCCAACUCCACUGGGCCCCGUCCUGGCUCGCCGCAGCACUCAUUUUUCUAUACUGCAUGACUGUCACCUCAGGAGCCAAUAUCGUGCCUUUCGUUAUUGUCGCUGAGAUCUUCCUGCCAGAGGUGCGCGGCGUAAUGAGCAUGUUGGUCAUCGAGUCUGGAUGGAUUUGGAAUUUUUUAAUGUUAGUCAUCUUUAACCCUUUCAUGGCUGCGGUCGGAAUGGGCCCCGUAUUUUAUAUUUUUGCGUUGAUUAGUUUAUUGACUGCUAUAUUUACGUCGAUUUAUCUUCCUGAGACGAAGGGCCUGACAGUGCAGGACAUACAAACACUACUAGAAAGAAGACAACGGAGCUUACACUAAUCUCUUAGACAGUUUCAUGAUUACUAUAAUUGAAUAUUAAUUUUAUACAAAAACCAACGUUAUUUCAUUUUGUAUAAUAAAUA